AUGGCCGCUACAACUCUCUGGCCCAAUAGCCCUCUCGACUUGGACGCUGGAUUUCAUCAAAGUCCAUCAGAGGAUGUGGGUUCACAACCUGACCAAAGGAAGCCGCCAGUCUUAUUCGGAAAUGACAAGAAAAUUGAGGACACGAGCUACCUUACCCCUUGCUUUCCGGACACGCCCAUGGAGGAGCUUAGAAGAAGGUAUUGGCAGGAUGGAGUUGUAUGGGUGAAAGGGCUUCUUGAUCCAGUAAUGAUCAAUGAGUUCCGCGCCCAAUACCUUUCGAUGGUAAACGAAGGUACAGGGAUGUUAAAACCCGGGACAGAUCCCAAGGAGGGCAUUUUCUCUGGGGAAGAUUGGAGAAACUAUCUUCUUCCAGGAGCUGUCCGCGUCGCUGCCGGGCUCCCUGAUGAAGGACCUUUUGUAGAGAACGCAAUUCGAUCUCAUCACUGCCAGGAGUAUCUGGACUUCAAGGACGAAGUAGGGCGCCAGAUCGAGCCCUUUGUCGGGAAAAUGCUCCAAUUCAGUGAGCCCUGGUGCCUACCACGGUCUCUACUACGAUGCGCUGUCCCAGGAGGUGAAGCAACGCCCGUUCACUAUGAUCAAAUAUUUCUAAGGGCUGGUCCUCCAACAAGUAUAACUGUCUGGGUACCGAUUGGGGAUGUUGAAGUUGAGGGGGGAGGCCUGAUCUAUCUCGAUCGCGCCCACGAGAUUGGUGUAAACUACGAGCAGGACUUUUCAAAAAUGAACGCCGGACUCUCGGACGAGGAGCGUAUUUCCGCCUUCAACAGAAACAUGGAGAAGGGAGGAUGGCUCGACAAGAAUGCGGGCAGAUUCGGUGAACAGUGGUCUCGGGGAUGGCUGGUGGGCGAGUACGAGGCUGGAGAUGUUGUCUUUCAUACCCCAUACACCAUCCAUGCGGGGGCCAAAAAUCAGUCGCCCAGUGGGCGUAUUAGAGUAUCAACAGACCUUCGCUUUGUCGACAAGUCAAAGCCUUACGACGAGCGGUGGACCAUCAUGGCUUAUUCGGAGCACGAUCCAAAUGUUGCUCGAAAGUCAGCCCGAAGGAAAUAG